AUGGAUCGCACCACCUGGCUCGAUGGCCUUCGAGGCAUCGCUGCGGCGAUCGUCGCGACGGAUCACUAUUUUAUGGGCGGCGUCUUGGACAAUGCCUUUCUCUCGUUCUGGGCUGAUCCACCUGAAGAAAAUCGGAGGCUUAUUCAACUGCCUCCGAUUCGCCUCCUUUUCGCCGCACAUGCUAUGGUCCCGUUGUUCCUCGUGAUCUCGGGCUAUGCGAUCUCGAUUAACCUUCUUCGACUUCGAAAUAGCAACGACAGUGAUUUCGUGCGGCGUCUGUCUUCUGCAGUGAGCAGACGCAUUUUCCGCAUCUAUUUGCCAGUUUUUGUAAUCGCUGUCAUCUCGCAAUUUCUUUACUUUUGUAACAUUUAUCAAUGGAACUUUGGGGAUGAGGUUGUCUGGGGCAGGAAGCCGUGGACUGCACCAUGGUUACACAUUACCUAUGUCUUUCGCUAUAUGCUCGACAUCACGAACAUCAUCAAUUUCCAGGGCAAUCCUGGCUUGAAUGGCCAACUUUGGACGAUGCCUAUGGAAUUCCGGGGCUCCUGUAUCGUCUACAUCACGGUCUUGGGACUGGCAUUCUGGCGGCCACAGCUCCGACGCAUAGCGCUAGGAUGUCUAAUGAGUUACUGGUUCUACUUUGGUCUCUGGGAUGUCUUUGGCUUCUUGGCUGGUCUGUACCUGGCUGAGAUGCGACUUAUCUCAGGAGCACAUGCAACAGACCAAGAAUCCAAAUUGCCCUAUCACUCUCUGAGUGGAUGGCCGUCAAACUUGAAGUCCAUCAACUUCUCCGCGAUCUGGAGUUAUACCUGUUUUAUUUUCGGGAUUUACCUACUAUGUCUAAGCGACGACGGUGAAUUACCACCCGGUUACCUAUUCCUCAAACUGGUCGAAUCAUCGCGCUGGGAGAAUGACUGGGCAGUGCUUAGCAAGUGUUGGAAGACAGCAGGCUCCGUGCUUGUGGUGUAUGCCAUAAGUCAAUUACCCCAUCUACAACGGCCUUUAAGCUCAAAGCCGAUGCAAUAUUUGGGCAAAAUCUCCUUCUCGCUCUACCUCGUGCACCAAUCUGUUUAUCACCUUGUGCGUGACCCUGUGAGAAACCUUUUGUGGUACAUUGCCACUAGGGAGCCAUAUCCUGGCACAGAGAAUGCCAGUAAAUUCACCAUACCUUUUGCAUUUACGUGGUUGGUUGGAUAUCUGAUCAUGUCCGCGAUCAAUUUGAAUGCGGCACACUUGUAUACGAGGUAUGUCGAUGAGCGCUGUGUGGAGAUGGCAAAAAGGAUGGACAGGUGGCUUACCCGGUAA